AUUUGUUAAAAGAGAGAGAUGAUGCCGCCAUGACAACCAAUGCGAGGCGCCCUCGUGCGCGAGGCCCCGCCCUCCGCGCCGAGGCCCCGCCCCAUUGGCUCGCUUGUAUGGAGUUAGUGGAGGACGUGUUGUGUGUUGUUAGUCUUGUGUAUGUCGGACACCAGUGACCAGUUGUGUCUACUGUGUUGGCCAGUGACCGCCCGGUGGCCAGUGUCGAUGGGAUGUGUAAUUAGUGAGAGUAACACUUUGCAAGGUACACAUCACUGAGGUGCCAUAGACCCGGCCUACACUCGGCAGUGGACUGUAUUCAUCCUGUAAGGACUGCAGUCUGCACAAAACACCAUGUCAGCCUACACCCAAUUCGGCUACACCUACCCAACGGCAGCCUCCCAGCUGCUGGUGGGGCAGGGCGGGGGCGGCACGGGGGGCUCGGGCUGCUGUGAAGGCGGCAGAACCAUCAUGACAGACCCGGUGAGUGGCCAGCCCGUCUGCUCCUGCCAGUACGACCGCCUGGCCAUCGGGUCAUACUCCAGGAUCGGGUCGUCCCUCGGAGCCACGGGGGGCGUCUACGGCACCACCUACACCUCCAGCGAACAGAACCCGUACCCCUCUAUCGGCAUGGACUCCUCCGCCUUCUAUAAUCCCCUGAGCUCCGGGUAUGGCAUGAAGGACGGAAGUGCCGCUGACGUCUCCACCAUGUACGGGAGUGGCCUUGGGGCCUCUCCUGCCGGCUACUACCCCUACGACCCCACCUUCGCCGCCUACGGGUACAGUGCUGGCUACGACCUCGCCGCCCGAAGGAAGAACGCCACAAGGGAGUCCACGGCGACCCUGAAGGCGUGGCUGAACGAGCACAAGAAGAACCCGUACCCGACCAAGGGCGAGAAGAUCAUGCUGGCCAUUAUCACCAAGAUGACGCUCACACAGGUGUCCACGUGGUUCGCAAACGCUCGUCGACGACUGAAAAAGGAAAACAAGAUGACGUGGGAGCCGAGGAACAAGACAGACGACGACGACGCCAAGCUCUCCGACGACGAGGACGACGAGAAGGAGCCUGGAGACAAAGAUGACGACGACAUCAAGAAGGAUGACAAGGACCCGGACGCCACGAUGACGGAGACCAAGGUUGAGGAAGGCGAGGGCCAGACGGAGCUUAAGUCAUGCGAGGGCGGCGUGGUGGCGAACAGCAAGGCGGUGACGGCGGCCAUCUCCCCCACCCCGACCCUGCACCCGUCCCCCAACCCCAGCAUCCACUCCGCCAACCCCUUCACCGUGCCCAAGGGGGAGAAGGCGAGCCUCAUGAGUGACUGCGCCGUGUCUCUACCCUCGGCAAAACCUAAGAUAUGGUCGCUGGCAGACACGGCAGCAUGCAAGACACCCCCGCCCACAGGUGGAGUGGGCGGCCCACCUGGGAGUGGCUGGCUGGCGGGCGGCACCACCUUCCCACUGCCGCCCACCAUCCCGCCCGCCCAACAACAGUACCCACACAGCACCCGCUUCAACCACCUCAUGUCCGGCGGCGUCAACCCCGCGCAGUACAUGGGCGGAUACAGUGACGGCGUGGGCACCGAUACGCCCCCCCAGACACCGCCCAACGUGAAGGGGCAGCAGGGGCAGCAGGGGCAGGGGGCGGGGCUGCUGGGCUCAGGCAGCUUCCUCGGAGGAUCUUCCUCCGGUAGCUACGGCAGCAACAUGGGCGGCCUAUCCUCCUGCUCCCGCGGCUCCACGGCGCCCCUGUCGGCCCAAGGGGUGGGUGGCGGCGCCUCCGUCGGUGACGCGAAUCUCCAUCAGCGAUACCAAGGUGGCAACGGCUCCCACGCCGCCACGCACGGCGCCAACACCGUCACCUCUCUUGCCAACACCGCCUUCACGCCCGUCUACAAGAAUGCCCAGCAGGGAAGCCAGCAGGUACCACAACAGACGCCGCAAAUGGCGACUCAACAGCAGAUGCCGUGCCAGCAGGCGCAGCAGGUACAAGGGGGCCCCGUCACAGCAGGACCCUACGUGUCGUGAAGCCAGUGUAAUCAGCAGGCUGGUGAUGCUAGUGCCUGGGGCAGCGCGCUGGACGGCACACUCCUGCUGCUGGGCGAGACCUACGAGUGUCUCCAUGAGGAGCAGUAACAGGCGAGGGGAGGAGAAGCAGGAAAAAGCAGCGACAACUGUACCCGACAAAUUACCUGCAAUGGGAAAGUCAAGAACAGCAACAGCAGCAGCAGCAGCAGCAGCAGCCGCAAGAAAGGGAUGGGAGGGAGGGGCGAGCGAGAUAGUGGCGGCGUGGCAGGAGUGGCCAAGCGGAGAUCCAUCAUGGUGAACCGUCUCGUUUGUGAGUCAAAUGAGACGUGUUGGUCAGCCGCGAGGGGUCCCGUGGGGCACUGAGGGGCCCUGGGCAGGGAGGACAGUGGCAACCCUCUCAGCCGAGGCAGCAAGCACCGGGUGUCCACCGCUGGUCUGCAUCUCACCGCGAGAUGAGUUGACGGACAGUGGCGGCAUCACUGGUGCAGUGGCCGACGCCUCUCGGCACCCACCACGCCUUCCUCCGCGGCCCUCCGUCAUUGCCUAGCCUCGUACCUGCCUGGUCACGCUCUAGUGCACCACUGCCAGCCUCCCCUCCUCCCGGAAACAAAAUGUUGUACAGCUGCUCUCCUCGCCCCCCGCAGUGCCAGUGAGCCUCAGCCUGCUGAUGUUUUGAAUCCUGUGCCCCGAUCAGCAAUGUAUCCACGACUAAGGAAAGCAAUCCUGAAAACAGAUGCAGUGCAGUGUAUAUUUUUGCGAUGAACGCUGACGACCCGGCGCCGCGCUGCCGUGACGCAGCGGCGUGGCGCUGUAGCACCCGGUGCCACAGGGCGCGCUUACCGCGGCGCCCUAAUGGCCGGUGCCAUCUGUGUUGCUUCUGAAGACAAUGAGUGCCAUGACAUGUGACGCGAAUGUAAUUGACCUGUUAAUUUACUUUUGUUUUCACUGGAAUUCCCGUUGCUGCCGCCGUGCCCGGCCGCCGGGCAAUGCGCCGGACCGCAAAUGAGCACACCGCAGCAACGGCACUGAGUUUUGGAAUCAUUUUUAAAUUGAUAGUGAUUAGGUUGCAAUUCAUUUUAGAGUACCGACGAAGAGUAAUAUUUACUGAAUAUUAUUAUCUGUGAUAUAUAUGUUGACGUAGCUCAAAGAUGCGGCUGCACUAUUGUUAUACAACUCAUUAGAAAACGGCGUAAGUACAAUUGAAGUGGAGUGCAAUUGCAUGAUCAAUAAGAAUGUGUGGUGAGACUACGAACCAGGCGGUGCUUCCUUCGGAGGGACACAGUAACCAUCUGCUGACGCGACCCCUGACCGUUGGGUGUUAGGGGGGGGUUACCGCGGCGCCCACGCAGCGGCGCCACGGAAGCACCGCAGGAGGUGGACGUGUUGUUAUCAUCUCUUCGUCACCACCAUCCCCUCCAUCGUCACCGUCACCCGCUACGCUCACCACGGCUAAAGUGCUGAUGAUCCCAGAUAACAGUGAACGAACGAUGAAACAACAAAUGCAACAAGGGACAGACGCUCGCACCACAACCCUCCUAUCGGGCAGUCUGGGUCUCCGGCGUGAGGUGCGAGGUGGGUGUUGCCAGACUCUCGCCGGACCACCUCGGAACCCGCCACCAGGUGUUCCUGAGCCGCCACCCAAGACUCCUCGGGACGAAUCUUGGGCGACAGCAAGCAGUGCCGGACCCUUCCCGAUGUGCCGUACGUGUCUCAUCAACCAUGUGAUCGUGUAAUUUGUAAAGUCCUUAACGAUACAAUUAAGUUUAAAGUCUUUACUGAAGUUAAUGUGACUCGACGGAUGAUUAGCAUUUUACUCGCAUCCGAACACUUGUCACCACGAAUGGACAGGCGAUUUUCACUCUUCAGUUUGUUGAGUAUUUUUUACAGUACAGUUUUUCUCUUCAAUGUCACUUUGUGUCUCUUACUGCACAACAACAACAACAACAAAGAUGAAUUUUACCGUAAUGUCAUUACAAACUAAGGGUGGAUAUUGCUUGUCACAUACUGUCGUCAUGCAGCAUUGAUAGUAUAGAGGACUAACCAUAAAAUUAAAAACAUGGGAAUCUAGGAAAGUGUGUGACUUUUUUCCAUUAUUAAUCAACACAAGCACUGCGGUGAUAAUGAGGCCUCGACUACUAAUAUACGACAGGACUGAUUGGUCACUGAUAGCAGCGUCGGUGCGGCACCAACACGUGGCGCCACCGCCGAGUGGCGUCACCGGUGCUGUUCUCCAAGCAUUGGCGACCCACGUACCUAAAGAGUAAAAGAGUAACAUUUUCAUUCAUAUCCAUAUGGGAAAUAUAUUUUUAUGCCAAAUUGAGCUAAAUCAGCUGUGUUGCUAACUGGUCUGGCGGACAUUUUGAACACGCUGCUGUGGUGGUAAUGGCGAUGGUGAAACUUGCAUCGAGAACAAAGUCACAAGGGUGUUGUGAUCCGUGGUGUGUGUUGCUACACGCACAAGACGGCCCGGCACGGACUAGCUGCACCGCCACACUCACCGCCGCCGCUGCACCACAAAGGACACUCCUGUCACCGUGUUCUGAUCCUCAUGUGCCAAACCCGCUCCUUCCCGGGCCAGGUGUUACCCCGGAAAAAAAUUGCUGUUAUUUUUAAUACACAACAGUUCCCGGUCGGGGGUGGUAAGGCCGUCCAAGGCCCCCUCCCGCCAGAACUGCCGGCACCAACCCAGCCAGCCAGCCAGCCAGCCAGCCAGCCGGCCCUUCCCCCAGUACAGUAAACAGUGUGUGAUCUGAAACUGUCCUGUAAAAACACCCAAGUUGAUGUCAUAUAGCUUCCUUAUUUUUGUUACCUUAACCGUUCUUUAAGUUCCAUGAAUAUUUUUUUUUAUUAUAUGUAAAAAAUAUUAUUACCUUAUGUUACCUCCACUAGGCAUCGAAAGUUAUAAUAAAAGUUAAGUUGUUUACUGAAAGUAAUUUAAUUUUAUACAGAUUUUUUUUUGAGUGAUAAGUCUAACCUUUCAAGGACGGGAAAGGCUCCUCUCUCCCUCCCUCCCUCUUUUCCUCCCCUCUCCUUUUACCCCCUCCUAGCCUCCCUCCCUCCUUCCUCCUCGGCCCCAGGAGCAGUCCCGACCCUCCCUCCGCAGCCGUUCCCGCGGUGGAGUCUGAUCAAGGCUGUUUGUUGUACAUUAAUGAAAGUAAAGCAACACUAACAAUGUUUUCAAAGGCAAUAGUUAAGAUAUAAAGAUAAAUAAAAAUACAGACUCUAUCCACCUGAUUGCCGCCGUUCUCUGCAGUGGGGCGGCUGUACAUAACUCUGACCAAAACUAUUUAGCUUAGAGAUAAACCAACAGUGUCACCGCCGCCGCGUUCAUAACAAAAUAUUACAAAAAAGUCACCUGAAAAAAAAAAAAAAACUAUAAAUCCUCGACAUCGUGUGUGUGUGUGUGUGUGUGUGUGUGUGUGUGUGUGUGUGUGUGUGUGUGUGUGUGUGUUUAGGAGGAGACUGCAUCACUUAAUCCCCUCCCCUCCCCCCUUCCCCCCACCCUUUCAAAAGGUUACUAUAUAAACUUCCUCCACCCUCCCUUCCCCCUUCUCAUUUCCCUUUCCCUCCCGCGUCAAAACAAAGCUCCGGUCAGUCUCUUCUUCUGUCCAAAAACCGUUACUCCAGGUAAUUCAGAGUUUGUCCGCAAAAAACAAAACAAAAAAUAAAGAAUAAAUAAAGGAUAAUAACAAUAAUAAAACUGAAUAAUCGCGCAGCCUUUCUUCCGUGAGAGCAUGCAACAGAGGCGCCACAGCCCGGUGUUUCUACUAUGACAAGUCGGCCUCUACCUCCCCUCACGGAAGGCUCAAUAUGAAGGACCUUGGUGACACAGUGACCAAUUAUUUUUUCCUCACCUUUCUCCUACUUCAUCCCUCUCCUGUUUCUUCUACUUCCUCCUACUUUUCUUCCCCCUACUUACCCCCCCUCCUCCUCCUCCUCCUCCUCCUCCUCCUUCUCCUCCUCCUCUUGGGUAGCACGUAUCCAGGUGUGACUCCAGUGUGACUCGCUACCUUCCUCAGGAGUGGCUGCUGUAGCUGUUCUCGUGUCCGUUGUUACGUAACUCUGUCAGGAGGACCCUCACCCGACCCUCUCUUAGCCCCGUAGUUAGACGUGCAAGUUGUGUACAUAUUUAACGACAUUCAUACUGAACAAAAUAAAAUGAUA